GGAAUUAUCCAGCUUCACUAAUCAGUCUUUGUUGUUGCUAGUAUUACAGUGAAAGUUCUCACUGAAGUUGUUGGAGUUUUAAAACAAUGUGUAGAAUAACAGAAAAGGUGUCCCACUAACCAUAUGGAUAGUCCAUAUGAGGAUCGCUUUUCUUAUUCACUUAGAACUGAAUGGUGAAUUUGGAAAGUUCUUUAUUUUGUGGCGACUCCAUUUAGUCUAUUGGAAAGGUAUAAGAAAGCGAGGUGAGAAAAAAUGAACCUCAGAGAGCCUGUAUCUGAAAAAAACACCUGUUCCAUUUGCAAACUCAUUGUGCCAGGCUUACUGUCCUAAGUGCCAGAAACACCUAGGAUGUGAAGAGUACACGUCCUGCCUUCAAAGCCUUGGUCUACCCAGGGGAGAGAGAUAAGAGAAAAAUCACCAUGAUAUGGUGCAAUAAACACAUACUUCACAAACACAGAUGAGGAAUGACCUGAGCCUGGGGAAGGGCUGAUUGAGGGGCAGGCUCCUGAGAAGCAGUUGAAUUUAGCUUGAAGAAAAGUAGGAGAGGUUGCUGGUUGGUUCAGAAUAGAUGGGAAUGGGGUUAGGCAGGGAGGAGUGGCUCUAUCUAGGCAGAGGCAGAGUGUAGGAAACAAGCAGUGGCAAGUGGAUAGAUGUCAUAUUUGUGGGUACUCCUGGCCUCAUAAUACGAGGCCAGAGGGCCAAAGAAUUGAGUGUGAGAAUAGGAUAGGCUUAAAAAGAAAACGUAAGCUAGGGACAAAUUGCAGGCGGUUUGUAUGCCUAACCUGUAUCUUUUCUCCCCUGAAAACAAUGAACAAUCCUCAUAGAUAAUAAAGAAAAUGCAGCAAAGCAUAGAGAAUACAAAUCACUCAUAGUUCUACUACCCAGAGAGAGCUGCUUUGAUAUUUAACAUUCCAACUUAUUUUUUUCUGAGCUCAUUUUUGGGAGAAAACAAUUUCAGUAGCCUAAUGUAUGGUCAUUCUGCAUCCUGUUUUGUAGGAUUAAACAUAGGUGCUUUCCUGUGUUAUUUCAAAUUUUCCAUAAGCCAAAUACUGUGUGGCCUCAGAGGCAUUUAAUUAAAGCAUGGAAGUGACAUGAUUAUACAUCUGUGGGUUUUAGAAAAAAUGAGUCAGAUAAAAGGAAAACAGAUGGAGCAGAGUUUGCAAGCAACUACAAUAAUCCAGGUGUGAGAGGAUGAGGUCCUGGACAGAUGCAGCAGAAGGUUAGGACAAGGGAGAGAGGUUUCUAAGGACCUUCUGAUGGAGGUAGGGAAUGAGUCAUGUUCAACUCCUAGCUUGAGUGAAGUGGCCGUUGGUGUAUCACCUACUGAACUACAAGAGAAUAGAAGGAGUGGCAUAUUUGGAGGAAAAAAAAAUAGGUUUAGACAUACGGAAGUUGAAAGAUGUGUGGAUUGUCCUCAUGAAGAUGUCUAAGACAAAAAUGGAAUACUCUGGAGGCGCCUGGGUGGCUCAGCUGGUUAAGAGUCUGACUUUGGCUCAGGUCAUGAUCUCAUGGUUCAUAAGUUUGAGCCCCCCUUGUUUGGAAUUUGCGCUCUCUCUCCCUCUCUCUCUGCUCCUCCCCCAGUCAAAUAAAACUCAAAAAAUGAAUACUCUGGAGGUUUUAUGGUGUAUUGAUUAAGGAUAAAGACAUUAGAAUUAAAAGAGAUGACUUCAAACCCAAUCUUUGUCACAUACCAGCUAGGUGACCUCGGACAUUGUAUUUUAACAUAAUUUGCUAGGCCUUGGUUUCCUAACAUGUUAAUAAUUGAGGUGGAAGACAGGAAGGAAAGCAGUUGUGUUUGGAAUGAUGGGAAGGAGUAGACUUGCUAAUUAGGUUAGUUUUGUACUACUGAGUUUAUGACACCUGCAGGACAUCCAUUUGCAGCUAUUAAUUAGCAAGUAGAAAUGUGGGUCUGGAGCUCAGGAAAGAGGGUAAGAAUGUAAGAGGAUGUACAUAAGGGUGUGAUUAAUACUGCCAAAAUAGAAUGUGCAGGAACAGGAAGAAGGGCAAAGACUGAGCCCUGGAGAGCACAAACAGAAUCAAAAGGGGAACAUAGCUGUGUGAGAGGAAAAAGAAAAGAGAGCAAUGUUAUGAGAAUCACAGGGUUUGGGGGAGGGGGACAUAGGAUUAUUGGUGAGCUUAUGAGGAUUGGACAUCAUAGCUAACUAGCUCAGAGAACCUGGGUAAUCAAAUUAAACAGACUACGUUUAUAUUGCACAUACACUAUGUGCAAGGCACUGCAGAAAAUAAAAGAGGAAACAGCUGAAACAGAGGAUUGAGAUAAAUGAUCAUUACAUAAGAUAUCUUGAGGUAAGGGAAAAAGGGAACUCAAAGAUUAAAUCAAGAUUCAGAGCAAGGCUAAGAGGAUGAAUUCCCCGUUAGCAUAAAUUGAGAAGUCAGGGAGUCUGGAACUCAGUGAGAGAGGUACAGCCUCAAGGGGUGGGGCUUGGAGCUUGAGGACAGUGGAGAAAGCUCUUGUGGUGACUUGUGACUAAGAUUCUGAGGGCCAAGGUCAAGGGUAGUGGGCACAAUCAGCAGUCUCCCCAGCGUUGCUGAGUGACAUGGAACUCAACAAAGAGAAGAUGGAACUGGCAGUGGGAGUGAGCCACGGUCUGCGAGUCAGCAGUGCUAAGAGAACAAGAAGGAAACUAAUGAACAAAAACUUCACAAAAUAGCCAACGAACUUUUGCUUACAGAAAGAGCUUAUGUCAACCGACUUGACCUCUUAGAUAAGGUAUUUUACUGCAAAUUAUUGGAAGAAGCAAAUCGAGGCUCAUUUUCAGCAGAGAUGGUGAAUAAAAUCUUUUCUAAUAUUUCAUCAAUAAAUGUCUUCCAUAGUAAAUUCCUAUUGCCAGAGCUGGAAAAACGAAUGCAAGAAUGGGAAACUACCCCUAGAAUUGGUGACAUCCUUCAGAAAUUGGCACCAUUCCUUAAGAUGUAUGGAGAAUAUGUGAAAGGAUUUGAUAAUGCAAUGGAAUUGGUUAAAAACAUGACAGAGCGUAUCCCCCAGUUCAAAUCAGUAGUUGAAGAAAUUCAGAGACAGAAGGUGUGCGGGAGCUUGACUUUGCAGCACCACAUGCUAGAACCUGUUCAACGGAUCCCCCGGUAUGAGAUGCUCCUCAAGGACUACCUAAGGAAGUUGCCCCCUGACUCUCCAGACUGGAACGAUGCUAAAAAAUCACUUGAGAUUAUAUCUACGGCAGCAAGCCAUUCUAAUAGUGCAAUAAGAAAAAUGGAGAAUCUAAAGAAACUCUUAGAGAUUUAUGAAAUGUUGGGAGAGGAAGAAGACAUUGUCAAUCCUUCAAACGAACUCAUAAAAGAAGGACAGAUCCUGAAACUCGCUGCUCGGAACACAUCAGCACAAGAACGCUACCUUUUCUUAUUCAACAACAUGUUGCUGUAUUGUGUACCAAGAUUCAGCUUGGUGGGCUCUAAAUUCACAGUUCGAACCAGGGUUGGCAUCGAUGGAAUGAAAAUUGUGGAGACCCACAAUGAAGAGUAUCCACACACUUUCCAGGUAUCUGGAAAAGAGAGAACACUGGAGCUACAAGCCAGUUCUGAGCAAGACAAAGAAGAAUGGAUCAAGGCUCUUCAGGAGACCAUUGAUGCUUUCCAUCAGAGGCAUGAAACCUUCAGAAAUGCAAUUGCAAAGGAUAAUGACAUGCACUCAGAGGUUUCUACUGCUGAGCUAGGGAAAAGAGCUCCAAGAUGGAUCCGAGAUAAUGAAGUAACGAUGUGUAUGAAAUGCAAGGAGUCUUUCAAUGCACUGACAAGGAGAAGACAUCAUUGUCGAGCAUGUGGACAUGUGGUUUGUUGGAAGUGUUCUGAUUACAAAGCUCAACUUGAGUAUGAUGGUGGAAAAUUGAACAAAGUUUGUAAAGACUGUUAUCAAAUAAUAAGUGGAUUCACGGACAGUGAAGAAAAGAAGAGAAAAGGAAUUUUAGAGAUUGAAUCAGCAGAAGUGUCUGGAAACAGCGUAGUGUGCAGCUUUCUUCAGUAUAUGGAAAAGUCAAAACCUUGGCAAAAAGCUUGGUGUGUGAUCCCCAAACAAGACCCUCUUGUGCUGUACAUGUACGGUGCCCCCCAGGAUGUCCGAGCCCAGGCCACCAUUCCACUCCUGGGUUACGUUGUGGACGAUAUGCCAAGGAGUGCAGACCUGCCGCACAGUUUCAAACUGACCCAGUCCAAGUCUGUGCACAGCUUUGCCGCAGACAGUGAGGAACUGAAACAGAAGUGGCUGAAAAUCAUCUUUUUAGCUGUCACAGGUGAGACACCAGAUGGUCCCAACAAGCAUCCAACCACCUUGGAUGAUCAUCCUGAACCUAAGAAAAAAUCAGAAUGCUGAACUUCAGGACCAUCCACAGUGUGGAGGUCCUAAGAUUUACAGCUCAAGACAUUCCCAGCCCUCCUCAUUCAUCUCUUAGCACUUUAUGUUGAAAAAUAUAGGCUCUUAAAUGCAUCUUUUGGGGAAGUACUUUCCUAUGUUUCUGUAUUCAUAGUGAAACUAAUGUGCAGAGCCAUUCUACCGGUAAAAGUUUGAAAUAAUGUGAAAAUGGAACAUUUUUUAAUGAGCUAUUCCUUGCAUAUGUACUUUUGUCUUGAAGAAAAUGUUAUCAGUGGAUUCUAUCACUAUCAGGUUAGAAUAGGCCACCUCCAUUUAAGGUCCUGUAAUGUCUUCUCCUUCACAGGUAGGACUUGUAACAGUUUGAAAGAUAUACCUCCAUGUUGCCAAAAUAGAUCCGUGGUAAAAUAAAUAAAUAAAUAAAUAAAUAAAUAAAUAAAUAAAUAAAUAAAUAAAUAAAUACAGGGACAGUUUAGGCUAUUGUAUUAACUUAUUUAAUUUAGUUUAUAAAGCUCAAGCUGCAUAAAUGAUGUAUGUUCUUUUAAAACAACAAGGACAAAUUGUUGGUGUUCAAACUUUCAACUUAUUAAGAAAAGAUAAUACUUGUUUUUGUAGAAAUACUCCUAAGAAUAAAAUAUCUCAAGUAUAUAGCAAUUAUGUGUAUAUAGUAUUAAAUAUGAAUAUAAUUAUAUUAUACAUGCUUUUCUCUUCAGCUUUAGGUUCAUAUUUGUCUCUAAUUUAUUUUUUAAAUGUAAAGCAUGUUUUAUCUUGCAAUUGAACAGUGUUCUAAACUUUAAGAAAUGUUUUUGGUGAUUUAUGUUUAACUGAUUGACAUCUUAAGGUAUUGAUAUUUUUAUAAUAAGAAAAAGCAGUAAUUUAUUUGGCAUGGGAUAUAUUAGUUCCAACAGUAUUUUUAAAGUACUAUUUUUUCGUUCUGUGCCUAUUUAAAACAGUGCCUCUCUUUGAAGGUGCUAAUAAUACCUAUUGAAAUAUAUGAUGAGGGUGUAAUUAAUGCUUCAGUCUUGAUUAUUCUGAGAUAAAGUGCACUUUGGUCACUGGGAUGGUCAAAGUCACACAGGUUAUUUUAUCUUUCACAAUCUCGCAAUUUUUGCAGCAGUUAAUAUCAGCAUGUGCACAAAUUUUCACAGAAACCUAAACUGUACAAGAUACCUGACUCUAUACAGAACUGGGACAUAGGGAAACUACAUUGAUUGUAAUGUUUUUCUUUUUCACAAGACUGUUAAAGUAUGGCCAAAUGCGGACUAUAUAACUAACACUUCAGAUAACUGUGUGGGCCUAUUCCUUUGUCCGAUGGGGAACAAAAUUCACACGUGAUCACCUGUGUUUGAGGUGCAGGGAGAUAGAUAUUAGAGGAAGUUUAUGCUCAACUCUUUUAACCACCUCAGUGAGGAAGAGGAGGGACAAACACAAUAAUGAAAAGCAAUAUUUUAAUGGCAAGUUUGGGGGAGGUACAAGAUGAUUGAAGAGAGUCUGAGCGCUUUUUCUCAUCUUCUGGAGAAUUUUUAAUAGUCCAAACAUGAUUUCUUGUACAAAGGCUACUCUUCACCAUACUGUGGUUGUGACUAAAAUCUCACAUUAGGUUGACUAUUUAAUUUAAUCUUUUCCCCAAAUUAGUAUUUUUCCCCUCAUGUAGCCUGUUAUGCCCCAAACAUUAUCGUGUUUAAAUGCCUAAGUCAGUUAGAAAUCCACAAGAAUGACCCCACUAUCUUGGCCUUUGAGGAUGACACCUUAAAUGUAGAAUAGAUUCACUCAGAAUUUGAGACUGCCACACAUUUAUUCAGGCCUGCUGUUUUAAGAAAUAUUUAAAGUAUCUUUUUUCCCCACUCCAAAAAAGAAGGUAAACUGAUUAUGACGGACACAGAUUGCCUUCCUCUAUAAAAAGGAAAGUCAGCCACGAUCAUUAACAUUAAACCAAAUAUUUGGAGUCAGAAAGAGAUAAAGGUAGCUUCUUAGGCCCUAUCAAAUAAGGGACAGACUCAAAGAAAUGUUACAUUACUUCUCUUUUCUAGCUGCCAACCUUGGGGUGGGUAUAUAUGUACACCAUAUGUGUUCAGGGCGGCUUUUGAGAAGGUUACACUAUAGCUAUAGAUGAUGUGUUGGUGUUCUUAAUCUCAAGAAAAGAGAAGCAAUAAAAAUGCAGAAUGAUUAUCAGUAAAACAUGACUUUCGUAAAUGUGGAUAGAGCAAUGGAAACAUAAGGGCCAGUUAGAAGAUUUAUGGGCCAAGUUAGUUUUGAAAACUCUUGAACAGCAAGCAGACUACACUUUCCCUACCGUAAGUUCUUCUCCUGGGAAAUCGAGCGAUAUGGACACACUCAAGUUUUGGCUGAAUAAAUAUCAAUGUCAUUUAAUUUAGGUUAUUGAGAGAGCACUCCUGUAAAAAGAAUAUCCUCGUGCUCUUAACAUUAUCUUUAAUUUAAAAAAAUCAGACAUUUUCGUACUAGAAGAGAAUUUCUGAUUAUUCAGUCACCGUCUUCAUGUUUCACCCCGUGUUCUUUAGACAAGCACAAAGAGAAGCACUGAAGCAGCCUUACCUGUUUCUCUUAAAGAAUCACUAAUGCUUUUACUUGGAGAAAGGCAAGGGCAUACUCUUAGGCAUUUAGUAAACACUCAACUAAACUAAAAGACUUCAAAGUGUGAUUGGUUUCAAGAACCAUCUCCAUCUUGGUUUUUGACACCCCUGAGCAGCCAUGACAAAUUGAACAUAAAAAAACAAUUAAUUGCUUUCCUAUUAAAACAACAUCCCAUAUAGGCUUUAUUCUUUAUCUUCCCUAAUUUGGUGCUUUCCAAGCCAUCUUUAAAGUGCCCUUCCUCCAAACCUAAAAAGUACUUCUUCGAUAAAAACUGCUACUCACCACAAACAUUCCAGUUUUUUAAACUUAAAUUUUGCUUUUAUUGAAAGUCUCCCAUUUGGUACAUUAAGUACAAAAUGUAGUGCAGACUUCUCUCCAGAUUUUAAGUGGGACUCGGUAAUGAAAAAUGCCACCAGCCACUUUCCUAAUAAUGGCAUCUACGAUGCCAUCAUGUAUGCAAGCAAUAAAAUUCUUCAGGGUAUGUUUUUAUACUGAAAUUUUAAUACGAAUGCCUCUAGCCACAAGGAGAUAGAGAAUUAACUUCUAGAAAUGAUACUAUAACUUCUCGGGAAGAGAAGGGGAGGGCAUUAUUCCUUGGAUUCAAGUAACUGUCAAGGGCAUCUUUACUUUUGCAAAGGGUAUGGAUAGUGAAAGAAUUAAGCACAUCUGCACUACGUCAUCAAGCUCCUUUCAUUUUCUGUGAAGUUUAACAUAACAUGCAGGUUGGGGUACUUACCUUCACCAGGUGACCUACCCCAAUUAAAAACAAAUACUCCAACCUAAAAAAGUACUAAACUUUUUACAAAAACCUUUUAAAUAUACCCUGUCCCAUAUAUAGAUACACAUUUGGAUUUUUUAAAAGAGUACUUGUAGUAGUCAUGAGUAUAUAAAGAAAACGACAAGCUUCAUAGUGCUGCAGGGUUGCUAAAGACUCAUUGAUGCCUUUAAAAACCGUAUAUCAAAAAUUCUUCUGUGAGUUCACAGUUAUGUUUUACUUUCUCUCGUCAACUUUGUGGAAACAGGGUGGUUGUUUUCCCUUCAAAUUUUAGAUCCCACUUCUGGUUAUAUUUAAAGCCUUAAGUUCUUAUGCUGAGAAUAUUGUCUGUGAUAACUCUAAUUAUUAUCUUUCUGGACGAGAUAUGUCCAGAGGAAAGGGCACCAACAGGAGCAAAUAAACUUCUAAGGAACAAAGGUCUUAUUUUUUUUGCAGGUAUCCUUGCUAUAAUGCAGAAUAGAAGGUUAAUUAAAAUUGCUUACAUCACAUGAUAUUCGUGUUAGCGGGUCUAAGAUUAAGCACAUGGUAUUAAUAAGCUAAAAUUAACUCAAAAGGCAAGAAUGUCUUAAUGUUUUCAUUCUUCAAUUUUGUAUUCUUCAAGAAUGUAUUAAUAUAAAAACUGUGGCUAACCAGUUCUUAUUCUAUAGAACUGUAUUGACACCUGUAGUGGAUCGUGUUACUUCUUCAUUCUCAUCCAAUUUUAGUAGAAUCAAAUUGCUUUUUAUUUUCAUAUUACUACCUACUAUAGAUUCUUCAGAUUUAGAAAAUAUGAGUCUGAUAUAUAAAGACCACUAGAUCUACUUUUAAAACCCUUUCUGUGAAUUUAUGCAUAUAUGUAUAUAUGUAAAAACACUGUUGAUUUCCAAUUCUGUUUUUCCAUAGGAAUGAAAUUUUUAUAGAAAUUGUUCUCUUCACUUAAAUAUCUUAACAUGAAUUAUUUACAUGGGUUUUUAAUACAAUUCAUUCUUCUGUAUGCCCCGUAAUCAUGUUCUCAUGAGCAGAUAACUUUGCUUUCUUUACUGAUACAGUAAAGAGGAAUAAAAAAUUAGGAACUGAAAUAAGCAAGAGUGAACAGAGAGGUGGACAGAAAGAGACUGCUGAUCUCCUGAUCAGAGCAGUGUAUGUUAAGACAAGAGAAAAAUACUUUAAGUGCAGUAGGGAUAUGAACUAUAAAGUAGAAGUCUUUGUAAUAGCAUACUGAUGGGAUCUGUUGCCCCCAGGUCUUUCUCUAUUACUUACCUUUUUCUUUAGGCUUAAAAGACUUUCAUCCUAUUGGGCCACUUUCUGCACUGUUUUAUGAGGUAAAAAAUUCCUCUAAAGUCAAUCAUGGUUUUCUACUUUUUGGACUGAGCAUUUGGCAGAACUAGCACAUGGCUUCUACAAGAUAGUUUUUAACUCAUUGGAGUCACUGAGGGUUACAUGAUGGUAUCCUUCUUCCUAAAAUUUGUGAUGGUAGAUUUAGUGAGAGAGUAAAUCAAGAAAUCUCAUUGUAGCAUAUUUUAAUAAGUAAAUACCAAAUACAUAGAGUGAUAUAUACACAGGUUUGGAAAGAAACACAGUAGUCUGUGGGGACCAUUAUGAUAACAGAAUUGUAUUAUAUAUUACAUAUUAUGUGGAUAUUGGAAUGUAUCACUUUGGGGGAGGGGUCUCCAUUCAUUAGCAAUCAUAUCUGUAUAUAAAACUUUUUUUUUUUUUAACCAAACUAGCAUUUUAUUUUGUGAGUGACAAUUGACUGAUAUUUUUGAGUAAGUGUUAUCUGGGUUUUUGAAUUGUUGACUGGUCAGUUUGAAAAGGUAUGUUAUCAGAAUUUUAGAGUUAACUCCAAUGUGAAAAAAGCAUACACAAAAAGUAAUUCUUUUCUAGCUAUAUGAAUGUAAAAUAUUUGCAUAUAGUGUAUAUAUUGUGUAACAUAUGUAUAUUUGGUCAAAAGGCAUAGAAUUGGAAACAUUGUAAAAUUAAGCACUUUAAUUCCUAUUAAAUAUUAAGCAUUUGUAUCUUGUAAAUAAAUACGUCCUUAAAUGAA